AUGACCGAAAUCACCAGCUCCAUGCCUAUGAUCAGCGACUGCACACAUGCUGUUUCGUCCUCCCUUGGGGUCAAGCUUCCACUGUCUCAGAAUGCCUGCCCAGUAUGCGUCAUCACCUCUCAAAUGGCCGCAGUGCGAGCGGCUCAGAAUCACUUCUUGACCCGUGGAGGCGUCUUCAUGUCCAGUUCAGGCGACGUUAAAAAGCACGUCAUCGCUACAAGGUACUGGAAAAAGACUAAGGUUGCACUGACAAAUACCAUCAUCCAGUUCGAAGGCUUGCUCAAUGAGCCUGACUUGCCAGUUGAAGACAUAGCAAAGCUGAGCGAAGCACUGAGAAUAUGGGACGACCAGAAAUUUUUUCUGGGUAGAGUGCCAGGCCUGAGAUAUGUUAGAGGGCCAGAUACACCUGUACCGACAGAAGAAGAUAGAGAACGUGCGAGGGUGUUCAUGAACUGGGUACGAAAUACAAUGAAGAGGGAGAUGAUACUGAGCGCCAUGAGACACAAAGCCCGCUCGAUACCAGCUCGACCGCCCGACAAAGAUCAACCUGGUUGGCAACUUGUAGAGCCCAGGUCAUUUUCAACUGAACAUUUUUCAACCUCGCUCGCCACCACCACCACCACCACCACCACCACCACCCACACUUGCCCAGCCACUCCCAAAUCCAUCUUCAAAUCUCUCCGCGCCUUCAUCACCCCGAGACCUGACCAUCCAGCACGACAAUCAAAACACGUCCGCAUCUCCCCCUUCGUAACCAUCUCUUCCGAGCACCUCUCUACCGCCAACCCCUCCCCCUUCAAAUCCCUCUCCCGCAUUUGCACUACUGCCCCACACUCCGCACACACCACCGCCGAGCACAAGCGCCACAAAUACACAUACUUCCGCCGCCACCCAACCUACGAGCCCGGGGUGUGGGCGUCUGCCGAGGGGUCAAGAAAGUCGAAUACGAGCUUCUAUCACGCGAAGCCGUGGGCGGUGGAAAUGUAUGUGGGGAGGGAGUUGAAGAGGGAGGAGAGGGAGAGGAAGGUUGCGGUGCAGUUGGGGAGGGAUGGGCGGGAGUGGAUGUUGGCGCUGGCUGAGGCGAGGAAGAUGGAUGUGCAGGGGGUGAAGUUGGAGAGGUUGGUUGUUUGGUUGGAGAGGUUGGGAGGAGGAUAA